UUCCAGCACUGUAGAGAGGUAUUUUUCAUUACUGUCACACUGGCUGAUUUGGCGUGAUUUUCGUUUGAUUGCAAUUUUAUAGUUUUUGCCAGUUUUCUUUGUUUUAAUCAUGGCAUUUCAAUUGCCAACAACCACAAGCGCCCCGACAGCAGCGGCGCCCUCGUUUUCAUUCGGCCUGAGCACCGGAGCAGCGCCAGCAGCUAGUGGUCUGGGAGCAGCCGGCGCUGUUCCCGCCACAAAACCCACAUUCUCCUUCGCAGCCCCGGCGGCGACCCCGAAUGUUGGAGGCGGAGAUGCAGAUUCCAAGAAAGCCCAAAAUCCACCACCAUUCAGUGGAUUUGGUUUGGGCGCUGGUGCCACAUCCACACCAGCUCUCACGUUGGGAGGCCAGCCAAAAAAUCCUGUCGCAACGGCGUCUCCAGCAGUCGGGACUACAGCAGCUGCACCGGCCUUCGGAGGAUUCCUUGCGCAACCCGCAGCAGCAGUUGUGCCAGCUGCAUCGACUGCAGCGGCCCCAGCCGCUCCCACAACAGGACUGUUAUCGGGAUUGGGAGCGCCAAAGAGUACCGCUUCUGCCACUAGUUUGACGGCAGCUCCUACGGCUGUUGCUCCACAGACUGCGGCAGCCGCGGCAGUGCCCACUCUGAGCACUGGAGGUGCCUUUGCUAAUCUAACCACCGAAACCAAGACCACAGAUUCGUCGGCAGUGUCAACUGCCAAUCAGCUGUCCUACAAUCAACUGGAAGAGCACAUAAACAAGUGGACUCUGGAGUUCGAGGAGCAGGAGAAGGUGUUUACCGAGCAGGCGACUCAGAUCAAUGCCUGGGACAAGCUGCUCAUCAGCAACAACCAAAAGAUCGUGGAGCUGAACGAUGCUGUGAAAAAGGUGAAGACCGAUCAGCAGGUUUUGGACCAGGAGCUGGAGUUCAUAGCCACGCAGCACAAGGAGCUGGAGGAGAGCCUGGCGCCACUUGAGAAGGAAUUCGUCAAUCUGCCACGCGUCGACAUGGAGCGCAGUCAGACGUAUUUGAUGGUGGAGAACCUGGACACGCAGCUGAAGCAAAUGUCUGAGGAUCUGAAGGAGAUUAUCGAUAACCUGAACGAGGCCAACAAGGGCCAGGACACCACUGAUCCGAUUAUCCAAAUUGGCAAGAUCCUAAAUGCCCACAUGAGUUCUCUUCAGUGGAUCGAGGCCCAGUCGUCGAAUAUCUGCCGGAAAUUGGACGACAUUGGAAAGAUCCAAGACAACCAGAAGCGGGAGGUGUUCAGGGCUCCGUAUUAGCGAUUUAGAAUCUAAAACUGUUAACUUGUAACUAUAAUCGGUUGGAAAUCCUCAAGAAACGAAUAAAAAGUGAUUAAAAAACGUA